AUGUUGAUUAUCUGUGCCAACCUCCUGCUGAUUGUGGUUAUCUGUGUGAACAGAAGCUUACAUGAACCUAUGUACAUGUUUCUGUGCAGCCUGUUUGUAAAUGAACUGUAUGGUAGUACAGGGUUGUUUCCAUUGCUGCUGCUUCAGAUCCUCUCUGACAUUCACACUGUCUCAGCUUCAGCUUGUUUCCUGCAGAUUUUCUUUGUGUACUCUUACGGAAGUGUAGAACUUUUAAACUUAGCCAUCAUUUCUUAUGACAGAUAUCUUGCCAUCUGUUAUCCUCUGCAGUAUAACAUACGGAUGACAUAUGAAAAAGUUGCACUCUUUAUUGUUCUGAUAUGGUUAGUCGUAUUUCUUGUGAAUUUCUUUACACUGCCUUUGAUUGUGCCUUUACAGCUGUGUGGGAACAUCAUUAACAAAGUGUACUGUGACAAUCACUCUGUAGUGAAACUGGCCUGCUCUGACACAACAGUCAUUAACAUCUAUGGACUCAUUGUCAGUGCCUUCUCAGUCUUUGGCCCUCUAACUUUAAUCUGUUACACGUAUAUAAAGAUCCUUAAAGUUUGUUUUUCUGGUUCUAAACAGACGAGACAGAAAGCUGUCAGCACCUGCACACCUCACCUUGCCUCUCUGCUCAACUUUUCUUUCGGGGCUUUCUUUGAAAUAGUUCAGAGCAGGUUUAAUAUGACUGGUGUUCCCAAUAUGUUGCGAAUCUUUUUAUCAUUGUAUUUUCUCACAUGUCCUCCCCUCUUUAACCCUGUGAUAUACGGCCUGAAACUGUCUACAAUUCGUGUGACAUGUAAAAAUCUGAUUUUAAAUGUAGGCUGUUAG